AUGCUAUCCAGUAAGAAAAGAAUUAUUGUGGCUAGCAGUGCCUUGAGUAUGGGAGUGGACUUCCCUGACAUUAGACAUGUUGUGAACUGGGGGCCUGCAAGAAACCUUCUUGACCAACUUCAAGAAGCUGGCCAUGCUGGCUGUGAUGGAAAGUUAUCCCAUGUUAUUACUAUAUACCAUGGUAAUCAAUUAUCACAUUGUGAAGAUGAAAUAAAAGACUUUGUCAAAACCACUGGCUGCUAUCGUGUUGCCGCUUACAAGCAAAUUUGAUUCUUCAAUUGCACCGAUAGAACCUGGUCAUGAUUGUUGCUUGCAUUGUUCACAAGAAUGUUGUUGUGUUGAUUGUGGUAAUGGUGCCGCAUUCAAAUAUCCAUUUGAGGAUAAACUGCCAGAACAUGGAUGUGACCAAACUUUGUCACGACCUGUCAGUGAUGAGGACAGAAAAGAUCUUCAAGCUGCUUUACAGAAAUUUCACUGGGACAAAGGAAUCAUUCAGACAGGAAUGCUUUUGGUGCUUCAAAUUAUUUCUCAUUGGAGCUUGUUGAUGAUAUUGUUAAUAGUUGUCAAAACUUGUUCACAAUACAAGAUAUUGUUGCGAGUAAUUUUCCAGUGUAUUCAGUUGCACAUAGCCUAA